CCUCAUUGCCUCUUUAAUACGUCUUAGACACCCGGACAUUGACUUGGAUGCCUCGGGAGAAGCAGCAUUAGGAUUUAAGACCGCUCCUCCUUUUAGCUGUACAGAGAGACAAAGGUACACAAGCUAACCAGAUAGCAGAGGUCAAGAGCAUGUCAUCCAAGAAGAAGAGGGCGGCGAUAGAUCUUUCCCUAGAGGCGGAGAGGAGGGAAGAAGACGACCGCAGCGGCGGCGAUCGCCGGGACAAGGAUGCCCGGGUGGACAAGGAGGAGGAACAGUUCAAAGAGCAAAAAGAGGCACCCAAUAAAGAGGAAACCGGCGGCGAGGAGAAGGUAGUUGAAGUGGUUGUAGACCAAGGAGGAGACGGCACCAAAGAGGAGAUCAAAAAUAGGACUCAACAAGGAGAGGAGAUGGAGGAGGACAAGCAAUCAGAAGAAGACGGCAGCGGCGACGACGAGAGCGAUGGGGCCGGAACUCGUGCGGACGACGACAAGCUCGUGGCGGUAGAGGACUCCGGCGACGGCGAUGGGGACCAUACAACCAUGGUGCAAGACGAGGUGAGCGCGAUGCAGGAGGAGAUGGAGAAGAUGAAGGAGGAGAACCGGAUGCUCCGGCGAGUCGUCGACCGGACCGUGCGUGACUACUACGAGCUGCAGAUGAAGCUAGCUGCUUACCAGCAGCAACCGGCAGAUGAGCCUAAGGAGCCCGAGGUGUUCCUCACCCUCGGCGCCACAGCCGGCUUCCCGGAGCCGAAGCGCAAGGAGCAAGCCGCGCGGCGGCCGUCGGUGGGGAGCGACGACACGGACGACGGCAAGGAGGACCUUGGGCUGUCCCUGAGCCUGCGAGCGUCGUCGUCGUACGAGGAGGAGAAGCUGCAGGAAGCAGCGCGCGACUUUGAAGGCGGCGCCUCCGUGGCCGGCGCCGACGGUAAGGCCAAGGGCUACGCGCUGCUGGAGAGCAGCAAGCUCGGUGCGCCGGCCGCCGGCGACCUUGCCGCGGCCGGGAUCACGAGCCAGAGCGUCAACCCCGCCAACCGCAAAACUAGGGUUUCCGUGCGCGUCCGCUGCCAAGGCCCCACUAUGAACGACGGGUGCCAAUGGAGGAAGUACGGGCAGAAGGUCGCCAAGGGCAACCCGUGCCCGAGAGCCUACUACCGGUGCACCGUCGCGCCGGGCUGCCCGGUGCGCAAGCAGGUGCAGCGAUGCCUGGAGGACAUGUCGAUCCUGGUGACCACGUACGAGGGCACGCACAACCACCCGCUCCCCGUCGGCGCCACCGCCAUGGCGUCCACGACCUCCGCUGCGGCCACAUUCAUGCUGCUCUCCAGCACCAGCUCCUCCUCGUCCAUCUCCGAGGCCGGCGGCGGCUCGGCCGCGCCUCCCUACCUCAGCCCCUACCUGCUCAACUCCACCUCCCACCAUUCCUCCGCUUCACCGUUGCUCACCACGCCAUCGUCAGUGCCCAGCGUCCCUGGCGCUGCCAGUGGCAUGAACCUGUUCGGGCACUCGCCCAUGCUAGCUCAGCAUCAUGCACCGCAUCUCAAGUACCCGUGGUCAUCAUCGGACUCUUCACAUGGCAGUGGUGGUGGUGGUCUGGCAGGGAGCAAGAGGCCGUUUUGGAGCACCGGCGGCGACGACAAGGCGGCAACAUUGCCCGACAAUGUCAGCGCCGUCAUGUCAGACCCGAGUAAGUUCUCGGUGGCGAUCGCCGCCGCGAUCAACAGUUUCAUGGGGAAAGACGGGCAGGUGAUGAGCAGCAAGGACGGGGAGAGUAGCAGCAGCAAGAGUAGUAACAAGUGGGGGGUGGUUGAAUCACUUCCACCUCCGUGACUGCUAGUCAGUACUCAGUAGUAAGACACGGGGGCUAGAUGACUGUGGAAAAUCAAGGGGUUCGUAAUUGUUGUGUGUAACAAAUCGAUCAAGAUAGGGCAGGCAAACACAAAUUGGAGAAAUUUUUUGGGCCAUUGCUUGUAAUCAUUUUUCAGGUUUCUCUUUUGAAACAGGUCAAUUGCAAUUGUUGUUAACUGUAAAAUUACAAUAUUUGCAUGGUUAUAGCAAGCUCAUUCAAGACUA